UCCAUCAAUCCACUCCGAAUCUCCUUGUUUUGCAGUCUUGCUCUAUCUAGGUUGGGGCCUUGUACAACACUGCUUCAAAUAUAUGUGCCCUUAAGGCAUAGUGUUCAUGGGGAUAAAAAAACUAUGUUGGGUUUCAAGUGGUACCUGAACGUCUAUACCUUGAAUAAAGUUUCCCUUAAGAUUCCACAAGAGAGUCUUCUAUUCUCAUUUUAGAACAGAAUAUAUUUGAUAUAUUGUUCAAUACCAAUGUGGACACAUGGACAAUGCUUUUUCACUAUCAAACUAUGGUGUAAUCUUUAUUUUGUUUCGUCCCACAUGAAUGAAACGGCUCGCUACUUAUUUCCUUUGUUUAUUACCACAUGCAUGUCACACCAACCAUUCACCAAAAAAAAGCACACCAACCAUUAGACAUGUAUUUCCAUUACUAAUAGUAAGAUCCAAAAGAAUAAUAUCUGCACUCAGUUAUUCAGUGAAUUGCUCUGCGAUUAAAUUGUGCCUCACCAACAUUUCUAUGAGUAUACUAUUUAUACGCUCAUACACAGAGUAAUUGCUAUUUAUUUUUUAAUUUAUUACCACAUUCCUGCUAACGAGUACCAACUUUCAAAAGCACAAAUACAUGAACUAUUUGAUUUCAUUGUCGCUGAGUUGGAAAGAUUUGUUGAGACGGAAGGAGAUGAUGUCCACUUGCCUGUGGGCAGGCAUAGGGAACUGGGUUUCACCUUUCCUUUCGUACUACACCAAACCUUGAUAUCGUUAGGCACCCUCGUUAAGUGGAAAAAGGGAUUUUGCAUCAAUGGAAUGGUAAAAAUCAAAUGAUCGCAGUACAUACUUGGCUGACAGAAUGAUAUACUAAUAACAGUAAAUUUAGGAUUCUUUUAGUAUCCAAAAAAUGGUGGUUCUUAUCCUUUCUUGUCACUUCACGUGUCAUUGAUUUAUUCUCCCAUUGUCCAGAGAAACACUGACUUUGUUAUCCAAUACCAGUGGUUAUGCUCUUGGGUCAAUAUUCAGGAUAAUCACCAUUUAUUUAGCAACUACACCUACAAUAAUGUCAUCCGGUGGAAUCACGUGUUGUUGCUAAUCAGGUCUUCUCCUUGCUUUCUUUUGCGGAAACUCUGUAUUGACAACACUGCCUUACAUUUGGCAGUCUGUGAUUAGUGCCUAUGUUAAUCCAUGAGCAAUUUUCUAAGAUCAGUCUUGCUGUUUUUUUUAUGAAAACCAUUGGGGGCAUGUGAGAUCUCUUGGAGCAUUUUUUGUAUCAUUCUUACUGUGUGAGUAUUUAAUCUUCUGGUCUGUUGCUUUUUAAUAGAUGAUGGACAUUUAAGGCAUGCUGAGAUAAUUUCUCUUUGUAUUGUUCUAGCCCGUGAGUGUAUCUAACGUUGUAGUUUAUUGCUUCUAAGUUUUUGACUGGUUGUUUUGACGAUGUCUUCGACCUAUGUGUCCAGAUUAAAUUUCAGCCCCUCACAACGCAGUUAGUAUUUGCAGGAUCUAAGACGACACAUAUCACACUUCUGCCCGUCAUGCUAAUUUGGGUGCUUUUUUGGAGGUGUGGGAUUGGGCAGUGGUUGGGAAGCAGUCAAUGGGUGAUUAUCGAAUGUGUCGGAACUUCCAAGCAAAUUUCUCUCUGUGGCUAAAAUAAAUCUUAUUUCCCCUCAAGUCACUAAACUGCAAUGGGUAGUUGGUCGGUCGCUGUCAAUUGAAUGUGGGAAUUGAAAUGUCUUGCCGUUUUACAAUUCUUGUUUUGCUUCACAAUAUUCUCUGUUAAAUAGACCUGUUAGUAUCUAUGAAACUACUACGCUUGCUUUGCUUUAUGAAUGAACACUUGUCUCCUGCAGUUUUUACCGUGUCUUAUAUUCGAACCACUACGCUCAUCUGGUCUGCCACUUUUUUCUUUUGCUGAAUUAUACAUGUUGUCAUGCAAAGACAUUAACAAAUAUGAAAGUUUGAUUAGUGCGCACAAUUUUGCCUCUCAAGAGGCGCCACCUGGUGGCGCCCCAGCCACUAGUAAUUUUGCAAGUAGCGGCGGCUGGACGGACCUCCCAAGCGAUCUCCUUGGCCGCAUCUUGCAACUCCUUGAGCUCCUCGAAGCUCUCGCUGCCGCAGCCGUUUGCACUUCAUGGUGCUCAGCCGCAGCGGCCGCCGGCGUCCCUCGCGGCCUCACGCCGUGGCUCAUUAGCUGGAAACCCGGCAACUGCCGGAGCAGCGAGUUUCGGAACCUCAUCGGCACCCGCGAGACCCACAAGGUUAGCUUGCCCACCGGGCGGCGCAACCCCGAGUGGUGUGGAGCCUCGCAUGGAUGGCUCGUCGCAUCGGACGAGCUCUCCAAGAGUGAAUUGCAGAAAACAUUGACACUUCAAACUGGUUUGCAGAAACCACAUAUACGAAAUUAUGCCAAAAAACAUUAAUUUUUUUCAUAAUUUUUUGCAAAAAACACUAGUUGCUCAUUUGGACCGUUUUAAGUGCGUUUAUGACAGGGGCCCGCAUCCGUCGACACGUCGUUGGCGCACCGGUUCGAGCCGGGCGGGUCAAACACCCCGAAGCGGUGCAGGCCCACCCCCAGCCCUCACUCUCUCCUGCCCUUCUCCCUCUCUUUGCUCCCGCUCGUUCGCCGCCGCGGUCCCCUCCCACAUCUCCGACCGCCGCGUCGCCAUGGUGUCCUGGUCUGAUGACGACAGCAGCAAGAACUCUCACAAGUACGCCGACUCAGCUUCAGACGAGGGCAUCAUCAAGACCAUGGAUAACUCCGAUUUCGAGGGCACUAAACCUGAUGCUUUGUGCAAUGAACUCCCUGCCAGCAGAGAGGCGUGUUGCUUUCCAGGGCAUCCAUACUGGCAGGAGGUUCCUUGCUUGUGCUGUGAAGGAGGGAAGAAACUGUGGGCUAGUUGAAUGGGUUGAUCCAUUUUGGCCAGCUACAAUGGAGAAUGCAUUGACCAAGUUGUGGGAUAAGUAUGAAGAGUGCAGGAGGAGCAAGAUUGAGGACAAUCUGGAAAGCUCAUUUGCUGUUCACAAUCUGACACAACAGAAGAUCAAGUUGCAGGCAAGUUAUGAGAGGUUGGUUGAAGAUGUCAAUGGUCUUUUGGAUGCACAGGAGCAGAGGGCUCAGAUGGAGUGAGGUAAGAUGCAAAACAACCUUAAGAGAGCAAGCUGCAGGAGAAGUAUGACAUGCUCAAGAACCUGACAGUUGUUCAAGCCAAUGUCAUUAGGAACAUGAAGUUGAAGCUUGCUGAAGAGAAGAUUAAGUUGCAGGCCCACAUUGAUGAGCUUGAGAAGGUUGUGGAGCAGACCAAGCUAAAGCUGAAUGGGAUCAAGGCCAUCUUAGAUGAAUGUGCAGUAUAAUGCAAUAUGCUGCUUAUUAGUACCACCAGCAUGG